AUGUUUCAGAGCCGUCGUCCACCUUACACUAUGCAUGGCGUUCUUCACUUCUUACAGCAUGAGUGGAGUAAAUAUGAGAUGGAGAAGGCUAAGUGGGAAAUGGAAAGGGCUGAAAUGCAAGCUCGUAUAAGUUUUCUGCAAGGAGAGAGAAAAGGACAGGAAAAUCUUAAAGCCGAUCUUAUCAGACGAAUAAAGAUGCUUGAGUAUUGUAUCAAGCAAGAGAGAGCUAAAAAUUAUCGCCUUACUCAUAAUGGUGAAGAUCCACCAGAAUAUGAGGAGACAGAAAAUGAGAGCGCAAAUGGUAUCUUAGCUAAAGUAGAUGCAUAUGCUACCGAAGGAGGGAGUGCUCUGGGAUGGAAACAAGGUCGACAGCUGCUGAAACAAUAUUUACAGGAGAUUGGUUACAGCGAACAGAUACUUGAUGUGCGCUCUUUCCGUGUCAAAAAUCUUUUAGGAUUGAUUCCCCAGGUAAACCGUAGUAGUGUCAUAUUGAGUUUUAUUAGGUUUUGCUUCCAUGAAACCCUGUUCAGCGACUCCGAACCUGACGAACAUGACAUACCAAGAGUUGGGUUGGACUCAGAAGCCGCAGAAGCUCUGGAAAAGUUCGAUUUUCUUCACGAACAGUCCUCUGGUGGUGGUACGGGAUGUGAUGACUGGGCUGCGGUUGAUCAGAAUGAAUCCCUUCGUGCUGCAAAGUGGACUGUGAAGAUGACUUUACGCUCACAUCUGGACGCAAUUCGAGCUAUGCAGUUCCACCCUGUCCAACCCGUCUUGAUCACUGCAGGGGAAGAUGGUACUGCAAAACUUUGGAAUCUUGAUGGAGGUAAAGACAAGUCAGGAAGUGGAGCUGAUAUCGAACCUGUAUAUACUUUCCGUGGCCAUCUAGGUCCUGUGCUUUGUAUGGAUCUUUCACCUACCGGAGAUCAUCUGUUUACAGGUGGAAGGGAUGGAGUUAUUUGUUGUUGGAACGUACCCAGCACGACCAGCGAUCCAUAUGAGGCUUACGAUCCCAAAGUACUAACUGAACGCUUGUGUGGCCAUAAAGACGCAAUUUGGUCUAUCGCUUACCAUUCUUCUGACAAUCGUUUGGUUUCUUCAUCGUCUGAUGGCACAGUGAAGUUGUGGGAACCAGGUAUACACUUUUCAAUCAGGCCUUAUUCCAACAUCUAUGUUACACCUGGAAGUGGUAUAACCCGGAUCCUUUCACAUCCUACUAUGCCUUUGACCAUUACUGCUGGUGAUGAUCGCAAGAUUCGUUAUUUCGAUAACAAUACAGGAAGACUUACUCACAGUGCUGUUGCGCAUGUUGAAGGAAUUUCUUCAUUAGCGAUUGACCCGAAUGGACUUUACCUUUUGUCUGGAAGUCAUGAUGGCAGCCUGAGGAUGUGGAACAUGGAGAAGCGCGUAUGUCUUCAGGAAAUAUCAGCACAUCGUAAAAAAUACGAUGCAUCGGUAACUUGCGUAGCAUUCCAUCCAUCUCGACCACUGAUUGGGUCGGCAGGUGCCGACUCCCUUGCCAAGGUCUACUGCCCAGCUUCUGCUUAA